GCAUUGCGCGGUUAAUUUUGACAACUAGCCUAUCGAAGGCCCCGGAUCCGUCACGUGAUUUGGCCGGAGUUGUUCCGAGGCUACAGGGAAACACAGCUACGGAGGAACGCGCUUAUCUCGUCUUAAAGAUGGAUCUCUUGGCAGACGUCGCCUUGUUGCCAGGCGAAGAGAGAGUCACCGACAAGGAGCUCAUCUACAUCUGUCCCUUCAGCGGUGCUCUGAAAGGAAAGGUCUUCAUCACCAACUACAGACUCUUCUUCAAGAGCACAGAGGCAGAGGCGUUGACCCUGGACGUCCCGCUGGGGGUCAUCAGUCGGGUGGAGAAGAUGGGCGGAGCCUCCAGCAGAGGAGAGAACUCAUACGGUCUGGACAUCACCUGCAAGGACAUGAGGAGCCUCCGGUUCGCCCUGAAACAAGAAGGACACAGUAGACGAGAUAUCUUCGAGAUCCUGUCAAAAUACGCCUUCCCUCUGUCACACGGCCAGCCGCUGUUCUCCUACCUGAGCCAGGAGAAGUACGAGGAGAACGGCUGGAGCAUCUACAAACCCUUAGAAGAGUUCAGACGCCAGGGCCUGCCUAAUGAAAGGUGGCGAAUCACCUUCAUCAACAAGAACUACGAGCUGUGUGACACCUACCCCACCAUCCUGGCCGUGCCGUACCGGGCCAGCGAGGAGGACCUGAGGAGGGUGGCCGCCUUCAGGUCCAGGGGCCGCAUCCCGGUGCUGUCGUGGAUCCAGAGGGACAACCAGGCCGCCAUCGCCCGCUGCAGCCAGCCUCUGGUGGGCAUGUCAGGCAAGAGGAACAAGGACGACGAGCGCUACCUGGAGCUCCUGCGCGAGACUAACGGCACGCCCAAGCUCACCAUCUUCGAUGCUCGGCCCAGUGUCAACGCUGUGGCCAACAAGGCUACAGGGGGCGGCUAUGAGGGAGAUGAAUACCAGAAUGCAGAACUCAUCUUCCUGGACAUCCACAACAUCCACGUGAUGCGGGAGUCCCUGAAGAAGCUCCGGGACAUCGUGUACCCCGCGGUGGAGGAGUCCCACUGGCUGUCCAGCCUGGAGUCCACCCACUGGCUGGAGCACAUCAAGCUGGUGUUAGCGGGAGCUAUCCGUGUAGCAGACAAGGUGUCGGGAGGGAAGUCUGUGGUCCUGCACUGCAGCGACGGAUGGGACCGCACGGCCCAGCUCAGCUCCCUGGCCAUGCUCAUGUUGGACAGCCACUACCGCACUCUCAGGGGAUUCGAGGUACUGAUUGAGAAGGAAUGGCUAAGUUUUGGCCACAAGUUUGCCUCAAGGAUAGGUCACGGAGACAAGAACCAUGCGGACCAGGACCGGUCGCCCAUCUUCGUCCAGUUCAUCGACUGCGUGUGGCAGAUGACCAAACAGUUCCCCACUGCCUUCGAGUUCAACGAGCGGCUGUUGGCCACCGUCCUGGAGCACCUCUACAGCUGCCGCUUCGGGACCUUCCUGUUCAACUGUGAGAGCAUGCGGGAACUCAACGAGGUGCGCUCCAAGACGGUGUCUCUGUGGUCGUACGUCCACAGCAGCAGCACUCGCUACCUGAACCCCUUCUACACGCCUGAGUCGGGCCGCGUGCUCUACCCCGUGGCCAGCAUGCGCCACCUGGAGCUCUGGGUGUCCUACUACAUCCGCUGGAACCCCCGCAUCCGCCAGCAGCAGCAGAGUCCGGUGGAGCAGCGCUACAAGGAGCUGCUGGUGUUGAGGGACGAGUACCUGAGGAAGCUGGAGGAGCUGAGCCCCUCUCCUCCCUCCGCCCACAUGACCUCCCCCGCCCCGCCCGGCCCGGCCCCCACCACCCAGCAGUUCACCCAUCUGCACACCCCUUUCUAGGCCCCGCCUCCAGCCCUUCUGGCCCCACCUCCACCCCAGGCCUAGGCCCCGCCCCUUCUGCCCUGCACUCUAGUGCCCACCUUACACACGCACACACAUGCACACACACGCAGAAUGCCAUUUGGGUCAAUAUUAAAAAUGAAAUUAGGAAAUAAGUAAUCGGCUGAAAAAUAGAUAUGUAUAUAAAUGUAAAAAAAUUUAAACUUGGAAUAACAUCAUUAAAUAUAUUUUCAUCUUUA